UUUAUCUUUAAUGAGCAGGUUCACAUCAAUGUUGCAGUCAUGUUCAUGUCUUCGACAAGGUUAUCAAAUCCAUACACAAAUCAUUGUUCAUGGAAUGAGUGAUCACAAUGAUAUGGGUUCAAGAAUAUUGGGUAUGUAUGUACGUUGUAAAAGUUUCAGCGAUGCUAAAAAUGUGUUUUUUAGGAUUGAUUUGGGGUAUACUUCUCCUUGGAAUUGGAUGAUUAGAGGGUUUACUACGAUGGGUUUUUAUAAUAAUGCAUUAUUGUUCUAUUUCAAGAUGUUGGGGUGUGGGAUUUCACCUGAUAAAUAUACAUUUCCUUAUGUAGUUAAGGCUUGUAGUAAUUUAAAUUCUUUGAGUUUAGGUAGAUUGAUUCAUGAAUCUGUUGUUUCUACUGGGUUUGAGAUGGAUGUCUUUGUGGGUAGUUCUUUGAUUAAAUUGUAUGCUGAGAAUGGCGCGAUAUUGGAUGCACAUGAGUUGUUUGAGAAACUGCCUGUUAAAGAUUCUGUUUUGUGGAAUGUGAUGAUUAAUGGGUAUGUGAAAAAUGGGGAUUUGAAGAGAGCUAUGGAAGUGUUUAUGCAAAUGAGGUAUACGGAAAUAAUGCCUAAUUAUGUAACAUUUGUUUGUGUUCUGUCUAUUUGUGCGUCUGAAAUGGGUAGAGUGCUUCACGGACUUGCUAUUAGUUGUGGAGUGGAUUCAGAGUCACCUGUUGCAAACACAUUAUUGGCGAUGUAUUCAAAGUCUGGCUGUUUAUAUGAAGCUCGUAAGAUAUUUGAUAUGACACCUCGGACUGAUCUAGUUACAUGGAAUGGGAUGGUUGCAGGGUAUGUGCAAAAUGGGUCUUUGGUUGAGGCUUGUGAUUUGUUCCGUGAAAUGUUAUCUGCUGGUGUUAAACCAGAUUCUAUCACAUUUUCGAGUUUUCUUCCUUCGGUUUCUGACUUGGUGGAUUUGAAGCAAGGUAAGGAAAUUCAUGGUUAUAUUGUAAGGCAUGGUGUGGUUAUGGAUGCAUUCUUGAAGACUGCACUGAUCGAUAUAUACUUCAAAUGCAGGGAAAUAGAGAUGGCAUGCAAUGUUUUCAACCAGACAAAGACAGUGGAUGCUGUUAUUUACACGGCUAUGAUUUCAGGAUUUGUGCUUCACGGAAUGUAUAGUGAUGCUUUACGAACUUUUCAGCGGUUGCUUCACGCACAAAUGAGGCCCACGUCAGUCACUCUAGCAAGUGUUUUGCCAGCUUUGUCUGGCUUGGCUUCUCUUAGGUUGGGGAAGGAGCUUCAUGGUUACAUUCUUAAGUAUGGGCAUGAGGGAGGAGGUUAUGUUGGAAGUUCCCUAACUGAUAUGUAUGCAAAAUGCGGAAGACUGGAUCUUGCUAAUAGCGUUUUUCAUAGAAUGCCUGUGAGAGAUGUUGUGGCUUGGAAUUCGAUGAUUUCGAGCUGUUCGCAGAAUGGGAAACCAGAAGAAGCCAUCACUCUGUUCCGUGAUAUGGGAUUGAAGGGAGAAAAUUAUAAUUGUGCCACGAUUUCAGCUGCACUUUCUGCAUGUUCAAAUUUACCCGCACUUCAUUAUGGGAAAGAAAUCCAUGGUUUUAUGAUGAAAGGUUCCUUUAGAACUGAUCUCUUUGCGGAGAGUGCUCUAGUAGACAUGUAUAGUAAAUGUGGAGACUUGAAGCUUGCGCGUAGAGUCUUUGACUUGAUGGAGUGGAAGAACGAAGUCUCGUGGAAUAGCAUUAUUGCUGCUUAUGGUACACAUGGACGGGUUAAAGAAGCGCAACUUUUGUACCAAGCUAUGUUAGAGAAAGGAUUUCAACCUGAUCAUAUAACUUUUCUUGCCAUGAUCUCUGCUUGUAGUCAUGCAGGACUUAUUGAUGAAGGUAUAAAUUACUUCCGCUCUAUGACCGAAAACUAUGAAAUUAGAGCUCGAAUGGAGCAUUACGCAUGCAUGGUUGAUUUGUUAGGGCGUGCUGGACGCCUAGAUGAAGCACUAAACAUUAUUACAAGCAUGACCUUUGAAGCAGAUGCAGGUAUUUGGGGGGCAUUACUGGGAGCGAGUCGAAAUCAGGGGAAUGUGGAAAUCGCAGAGGUGGCAUCAAAGCAUUUAUUUAAAUUGGACCCACAAAAUUCGGGAUAUUACAUAUUGAUGGCAAAUGUUCAUGCUGAUGCUGGCCAAUGGGCUAGUGCUCUAAAAGUUCGAGAAUUGAUGAAGGAAAGAGGGGUCAAGAAGUUACCAGGUUGCAGUUGGAUUGAGAUCAACGGCAUUUCUCAUAUGUUUGUUGCUGCAUAUAAAAAUCACCCAGAAUCUGCAGAGAUUUAUCUGAUGUUAAAGAAUCUUCUUCUGGAUAUGAAGAAAGAAGGAUAUGCUCCCCAACCUUAUCUUUCGGAACACCCCCAGAUUGCUAAUGUGUAGGACUUUCACAGCUUUUAGUUCGAUGAAAUUCAUAAUAUGAAGUUUAGAUCAUCUUAUACAUACCAAGAAGAAACAAUUACUUGAAUUGAAUGGCUUACCUAAUAAUUCAUUGUACAGAUAGUAUUUGGAGAUUCAAUCACAUUCCAUGCUGAUGCAUUAAUUACUAGUCGCAACUAUCAAGCAUUUUUGCAAUGAAUCGAUAAUAAGAUGAUCCAACAUGAAAGCAUUUUUGCAACUAUCAGGAAUCUCAGGAUUGAUGCUUUUCUGAACCGGUGUGCUAGCAAACUUCUAUCUGUUUAUGGAGAAGUUGAAAGUUGAAGAAAUUAAGCGUGUUGCACAGUCGAGUACCGAUACACAUCUUGACCAUCUGGUAACUUACAUAACUUUAUCUGAAACCAUUAACUCGUAUAAAGUAUAGUAAGUAUCAGAUGUCAAUUCUAGAGGUUCUAUUGGUAUGAAUGGCAAUUAACAGGGUCAGGCGUCAAGGGCAAUUCUAGGGGUCUCAGUGGAUAAAUAAAUAAGCUCAAUUUGAUUUCUGGCAUCAUGCCAAAUUCCCAUAUCAUCCUGAACUGCAGCAACCCAAGGGACAUGACCGUACCCAAAAAAAAAAAAAGAAAAAAAAAAUCCGAACAUAAUUCCCUAUAAAAACAAGUUCACGGCCCAUAGUUUUUCUCAUUCUUUUUGUGUUUCUCGUCUUGGGGGUCUCUGUUUUUGAGUUUGGAGUUGAGACAGUGUUGCGCACAAUGGACCAGAGGGUACUAGAGUUGGAGGAAGGUUGGGCAAUCGUUCAGAAGGGGAUUACGAAGCUGAUUGAUACUAUUGAAGGUAAGCCUGAAUCACCAAUAGACAUGAAGUUUGUUUCGAUCCUGCACGAAACAAUAUACACCAUGUGCACUCAGAAGUCUCCUGGUGCUGAUUAUUCUAAACAGCUCUACCAAAGAUAUGGAGGUGUUUAUGGUAAUUACUUGCAAUCAAUAGUUUUACCAGCUAUCCAAGAGAAGGACCAGAGGGUACUAGAGUUGGAGGAAGGUUGGGCAAUCGUUCAGAAGGGGAUUACGAAGCUGAUUGAUACUAUUGAAGGUAAGCCUGAAUCACCAAUAGACAUGAAGUUUGUUUCGAUCCUGCACGAAACAAUAUACACCAUGUGCACUCAGAAGUCUCCUGGUGCUGAUUAUUCUAAACAGCUCUACCAAAGAUAUGGAGGUGUUUAUGGUAAUUACUUGCAAUCAAUAGUUUUACCAGCUAUCCAAGAGAAGCAUGGUGUAUUCUUGUUAUGAGAACUCGUUAUGAGGUGGGAAACUUAUAAAGUUUUGGUAAGUAAGCUUUGGCGCAUUUUCCAUUAUCUUGAUCGUCAUUA